GGCUUCUAUGUACAAUUAUAUAAAUUAAUCUUAGGCUGCCUGAAAUCCACCAGAGGACUCAGCUGAAAUGUGAUUAUAUAACAUGAAUGCUGUUGUGAAGAAUUUUAACAAAUUUUAAUGUGUAGACGUCAUACAGAAAAGGGUCCACAUCAAGAUCAUUUUUAAUUUUUAUUAAAGACAUCAAUGAAAGAUAUUCUCUUGAAGUUCAAAUCAUGGAAUUUGGCCAGACUCCAAAACAGAUUUUUACCCAUCCUCAUCCCGAAAGAAAAUUGCCAAGAAUAAUGCAAGACAGACUUUGGUCACAAAAUUGUUACGUGGAAGCUAAAGACGGCAUUCAAUCGGAGCAAGCAUCUGGCGGUACACUUGUGAAUAGACACCGUAAACUGAGUUUAGAACAACGUGUUUUUCUUUUACAAAAUUGGUGGAAAUGUGAUAAAAAAUACGCAACGGUUAAAAAGAUGUUUAUUGAAAAAUAUCCAGCUGCCGAACCACCCACUCGUCAGGCAAUUUACAAAUUAAAUAAGAGAUUCGAAGAGACGGGAGCAGUAGUAGACUUACCGAGAUCGGGUCGACCGAGAACUGCAGUAACUGACGAUAAUGUACGGAAAGUGGCAGAGGCAUUCCUUGCCAAUCCUGGUAAAUCGAUAAGGAAGGCAUCGGCUGAAUUUGGAAUCGCUCGAUCAAGCUAUCAGAGGAUUUUAGACAAGUUAUAAUUUAAUUUAAGCAUUGUAAUUUGUAUAUUGAACAAGGAGGAUCUCAUUUCAAAUGACUUUGUAAGGUCUGUAAGCUAUAAAGUAUUUGAAUAAGAAGCAAUUUAAAUAUUUACAAUGUUUAACUGACGUUUGAGCCACCCUGUGUAUAUCUCAAAAAAUUGUAACCAUUUAAAAAACUGUUGCAUAAGCUGAAACUUUAGAAUUGAUUGUAUAUUUUUUUUUCCUUCAGUUCUUAAUCAAGCAGUUCUGUAGAUGUUUCCUAUUGUAAUGUAAUUAUUCAUUUUGUAUAAGAAGCAUUAUUGGAAGGAUGUGUUUAUUAGCUAAUUUAUAUUUUUAAUGUUGUUAGGAUAUCAAAUAUCAUAUAAGUUAAAUGAAUAUGUGUAUUAUGAAUUUUUUUUUUUAAAUAAAUUUUGUAUGAAUUAAGAAUAAAAAGAUAAGAAAGUAAAUAUUUCUUUUAUGAAGUAACGUGUGCAAUGAUUUAACAUUUGUUAAAGCAAUGAUAACAUAUAUAGGGAUAAUAAAGUUUUAAUAUAUCUGCUAGCUACAUAUAGGAGCAAUGUUCUAGUUGUGUAGUAAAAUAAAUAAAUUUAUAUAUUUAUUUAUUUUAUUUUAUUUUACUACAAAAGAUAUAGGGCCAUUAUCUUGUAUCUUUUGUAGUAAAAUGGGCAAAAUAAGCCUGCCUACAUUAACAAUGAAAGCUUCCCUGAAAGAAAACA